AAGAAUCCUAUUACGCAUGCGCAACGCGCAGGGCACACCACCAGAAAGCUCUGGCGCGGUGUGUGUGUGUACGGGGUGCAGUGCUGUCGGGGAGGCGCUGAAGAAAAUGAAGGUUGCCCUUUUUCUGCUACACUGUGUGGUUCGUGCUCAAAUAAACUGAACUAAUAUAGUUGCAAAUCCACGAUUUGAGGAGCAACAAACUAAUCUGCAGCCUGGAAGAGGUUGACCAGCAGACCACCGUCCUGCAGUUGAAGAACCGUGUGAGAGCACAGUGUGGACAGCUAUGUCCUGAGAGGCAGCAGUUCAAGAUCAGCAGAGACAAAAAAGCUAGACCAGUGAAAGAUGGUGAUAGUCUGCAGUCACUGGGCAUUUCUGAUGGAGGAGUCAUUUACCUAAAAGAUCUUGGUCCUCAAGUUGGAUGGUCAACUGUGUUCCUAGCAGAGUAUGCAGGGCCUCUGGCAGUGUACCUGCUGUUCUAUCCCCGACCAGCACUGGUGUAUGGCACCAGCCGUGCAGGAACUGACAUUGCUGUGCAUGUUGCUAUGGUCUGCUGGACGCUGCACUACGCCAAGCGACUGCUGGAGACUCUCUUUGUCCACCGUUUCUCACAUGCUACCAUGCCACUCCGCAACCUGUUUAAGAACUGCAGCUACUACUGGGGGUUUACAGCUUUUGUUUCCUACUACAUCAACCACCCUCUCUACACACCUCCUGGUUUGGGCUCUGUGCAGCUCUUUGCUGGUCUGGCACUGUUCUUGGUGUGUGAAUACGGCAACUUCUCUAUCCAUAUUGCCCUCAGAGACCUUCGUCCACCAGGUACAAAGGAGAGGAAAAUUCCAAUGCCAACGUCCAACCCUAUGACAAAACUCUUUCACUUUGUGAGCUGUCCAAACUAUACUUACGAGGUUGGAGCUUGGCUUGGGUUCAGCCUCAUGACCCAGUGUCUUCCUGCCCUUCUCUUCGCGGUAGCUGGCUUCCUUCAGAUGGCCCAGUGGGCACGUGGAAAACACCGCAACUAUCGCCGCGAUUUUCCGUCGUACCCUCAGGGCAGAACUGCCAUUGUUCCAUUUGUUAUAUGACACACCCAGGAUGCUGAGGAGAUGGAGAAAUGGAUUACUUAAUUUUGUAAUUUUAAAUGAACUGCUGUCGCCUGUCAGUACUGUACAUGUAGAUAACAGUAGUAACUAUAAUUAUAUUUUGGUGAAGUUUGUAUUGUCUCGCUGGCUUCUCUAUCUACCAAUAUUUAGUCAACUUGCACAGAAGGCCUGGCAGUCUGCACAAUGCCUUCCUUGUGCUCAAUUGUGUUCAUAAUUAUACUAUUGAACCGU